CACUUUAACUUUGAUACACAUGCUAGAUAGCAGGUCCAUUUCUUGGAGAUACACAUAACUACCUGUCUUUCUUUUGCAGUGAGUGUGGACUAGGAAUUAUUUUGGUCUUCACGAUUUCCGGGAAUGGCUCAGGAGGUGUAUUUCAUUAUUCUACUCACGGUGAUCUAUCUUGUUCAGUGUCAAUACUUUCAAUGGAACACAUCUUCCAAUAGCACACGGAAUUCUUUCUGUAGUGAAGACUGCAGGGAUUGCAGCGUCACUCCCUGUGUGACUGAGGAGUUAUGCUGUGUUUGUAAACUAAAGUCGGGAUGGGAAGUCGGACAGGAGAACAUAACUCCCUUGCAUAUUGAGUACAGAAACGUGCUUGGAGACAGCACACUUGUAAACCCAUUUCCUUCUCAGGAUAAGUCAUCUAUAUUUGAGGUCAUUCAUACAAAUGGUCGUCUGCGGAAAUUUCCCAGCAAUUAUUGUAGUCAUGAAAGGAUCUUGCAUGUUGAUUUUCAAUUUAACAAAAUUGAAAAGGUUCCCGAUUUGAGCUGCACACCUUACUUGGAAAUACUUAUUCUGAAUAACAAUGCGCUCUCAGAAAUACGAAAUACAACAUUUAACAAAAAUACAUAUUUACGUAAACUAGACCUUUCCUUCAAUCCUAUCAGGUUGAUGGAUGCAAAUACUUUCAAACGAUAUGAUGGCUCGAUACCAUACUCAAUGAAUUUGGCUAGCACUCGAAUCAAAGAUCUAGACGUGACUAAUUUUUUAUUUGAAGGUGGAACAUUCUGUGAACUUGAUUUUUCCUCGUCAACAAUUCAAAAUUUCGUUAAUGGAAACAAUUUUACGGUGUCGCCUGGAGUAAAAUAUGGAACCAAUGCUUUAGUGAACUUUGAGAAUACCCGCAUUACACAGUUACCAAACAUGACUUCGUUUGGGAUCAAAUCUGGAUAUGAGUUUUACAAGCACUUGGAUUUUAAGGUAUUAACAACGAAUCUUAGCUUCACUUGCGACUGUAUAUAUGCAAGGUAUCUCACAGAAGACUUUCCAGUAAUUAAAACGUUUUUCAUCCAAAUGGAAUUGGAUACCCUUAUCUGUUCUGAACCAGAGUCAUUGCGUAAUUUCACCCUCGCAGAAAUCAAGGAAAACCUUUUGGAUGAUAUGACGUGUGACGUAGGAUACAAAUGUCCUCACAAAUGUCACUGUUUUGAACAACCAAGCAGAAACCACACUGUAAUCAACUGCACAAAUGCAGACAUUACAAAACUCCCAGACAUUCUACCAUGGGCGAGCAAUUAUUCUCUAUUCUUCGGAGAUAACGACAUACCAUCAUUGGAGGAAAAAAGCUAUUUUGGUAAGGUUUCCUAUAUGCAGAUAUCAGGUUUAAAAGAAAUUGAUAGCAACACCGUUAAAGCAUUUCCAGAAGGUAUUGCUCUCGAUGUGAAGAACCACCAUAUACAGAAACUCCCAAAGGAACUCAUGUCGAAAAAUUCGUCGAGAAUUAACUUUGGUCAAGUUCAAAUUGACUGUGUUUGCUCUGAUAAGUGGCUUUAUCUUUGGAUACAAUCGACAAAUAACCAGCCUUCCACUGAAUAUAUAUGUUCGAACUUAAACAAAAAUUUAUCUAAUUUAACAAUUGAUGACUUUCAAUGCGAAGAGCCAGUAAAUGAAGUUCUUUUUACAAUGAUGAUAACACUCUCCGUGCUAGCCGUAUUGUUAAUUCUUAGCACACUAAGUUACAGCUGCUGGUAUCCAGAAAUGCUAAUUUUGGCCAGAAAAUGUUUCACCAAGACGCGUCCCCAUGAGAAGAAAUGUGACUUUGAUGUGUAUAUAUCACUGGAUGAGAAGGACCAUAUACAAAGAAACUGGGUUAUUAAAUGUUUAUUGCCAUUUCUGGAGUCAGAGGGCUAUAUAGUGUACCUGCCUAUGCGUGAUUCGUUGCCAGGAGAAAUUGAGAUUUCCUCGAGGAUGAACGCCAUAAAAAGCAGCAUAGCUUCGAUAGUUAUUCUGACUGAAAAAGAAUCUAUGGAAAAUUUUCGAGACAUUGAUGACACAAUUGAGAUUUCGGUAAUCAAGGAAUUCGAAUUGAUGUGGAGAUUAUUCGUUAAACAACAAUAUCGAAACAUUAUUGUUCUUAACUUUGAAAACAUUCGUAAACAAUUUACUGGGCAUAGAAUUGUUAAGGCAUUUGUUAGAACUAGACAUUUUGUCAAAGUUUCUUCGCGGAAAAGAAAUGUUCUAAAAGAAGUUCGUUCGCGGCUACACGAACCACGGGCUGGAGAUAGUAUGUUGAACACUAUGAAAAAUGUUUCCGAUUUUAACAGGAACAUUAGAUUUCAUAAGCCGUAGUUUCAAACAUUUUGGUGAUCACAAACUGGUUCAGAAGUUGUUACUUAUGUAUUAUUAGGUUUAAAAUGAUUUGUCUGCAUACUACUGUAAAUCUGAUGUGCCCUACGCUUUUCAACAGGUUACGCGAAUUUCAUAAAAGUUGCGUGUAAUGCUGGACUUCAAACACACGAUGGGACCCCAAAACAAAGAAAACAAGUUCGUAUCUCAAAAUACAUGUAUUGAGCACAAUAUAUAUAUGUAAAAGAAAUGACAGUUUCGCAAUAUAUGAAUAUCGAUUAGAUUUUUGCUUUGUAACCAUGUUUUCUAAAAUAACAUUAACACAAUCUUUGUACUUUUUUGAGAAUUGUUGAUGGUCUUUUGCAUAUUUGGCUUAAGGCUUGUCGUUUAUCAUCAUAUUCUACAUCCAGGGGUCCAUGUUUCCCAACUCUUCAUUUUGUAUUGAUUUGUAUUCAUUUUGAGAUUGAUCACAGUUUGUAUCUUCACCUUUCAUAAUCAUAUUGUACAUGUAAGUUCAGCUAAUUCUUACCUCUAGUUACGAUUACUUUGAGCUAGCUUUGUAAACAACCCAAACAAAUGCGCAUAGAAGGUGACAUUUCAGAUAACAUCAUGUUGAUCUUUUCAUCCGGUAAAAUAGGUACAUGUAAUUUAGGGUUAACCACGACUAUAAUCUGAGAGUAAACGUCUAGACUCCUGGCUCGUUAAAUAGAUACAUGUAAGUUAAGGUUAACCACGACUAUAAUCUGAGAGUAAACGUUUGUUAGUGUAGUUUGUCUAGACUCCUGGCUCGUGAAAUAGGUACAUGUAAUUUAGGGUUAACCACGACUAUAAUCUGAGAGUAAACGUUUGUCAGUGUAGUUUGUCUAGACUCCUGGCUCGUUAAAUCAUACAGAUAUUCUAUUGACAUUUUGAAAUUAUUCAAAAUUGAAUCCCAUCAUGAAUGUAACAGACUUGUAAAUACACAUGUACCAAUAUAUUUUGGAUUGGUUACUUUAACGUUGUAAGGUCCAAAUUUCGCCCACCUUGCAGAAACACUGUUGAAUUAUCGCACAUACUUUUCUUAUGUUAUGCCAUGCAUUAUUUUACCUGUUUUAACCAGACUUAUUCGGUGUUAAAUUGGUAGUUACACACAAACUGUAGCUAGGUCACUUCCGGUGCAUCCACAGACACGUGUUCAGUUCAAACUUCCACAAUCAUUUCAUUUGCCUUUGAUUGACUAUUUUAUCGAAAAAUUAUUAUUGUGUUUUACAUCAUAUGACUCCAGAGUAUUUGCAUGUUUUUAGAUUUGUGAAGGAGGUAAACACAAGAAAUACACGACAGAGCUCCAAUAAUUUUAUUUAUGUUACAAGAGCCUAAACAGAAUGUUUUAGAAGAUCUUUUAUCAUUUCAGCAGCAAUUUUAUGAACUCAUUGUAUAAGAAAAUACACAACUACCACAUCUUUUAAAUCAGCAUAUCUCAAACAUUAUUUUGAUCCUCAAUAAUACUCGCAUGUUUAUUUUCUCUUUUCAUUUAGUUCUUAUCUGUAUGUAUAUAAAUUGUGAUGUUUCCAUGUUUUGUGAUAUAAUUUCUCAUUAUGUAUAUCUGUUAUAGACAGGACCACAAUGUAAACUAGUUUAUAUAGCUAAUUGUGCAAUCCUGUAUAAAAAAAGGAUAUUAUUAUUAUUAUUAUUGUAUAGCUGUACAUUUUGCUACUACAGUAUCGUGUCAUAAGUUUCAGUGAGAAAAAAAUCUCUUAGAAA